CAGAAAAUGAGAAAUAACAAAAAAAGAUGCAGAGCUAUCAGACCUCAAAUAAUGCAAAAAAAGAGUUCAUAUUCAUUAGGUUUUAAGAGUUUAGAAAUCAAUAUGUGGUGGAAUAACCCUGGUUUUUAAUAACAGUUUUCAUGCAUCUUGGCAUGUUCUCCUCCACCAGUCUUACACACUGCUUUUGCAUAACUUCUUGCCACUCCUGGUGCAAAAAUUCAAGCAGUUCAGCUUGGUUUGAUGGCUUGUGAUCAUCCAUCUUCCUCUUGAUUAUAUUCCAGAGGUUUUCGAUUAAGUAAAAUCAAAGAAACUUAUUUUUAAGUGAUCUCUUUUUUUUCCAGAGCUUUACAUCAAGUAAGAGUUCUUUAGACCUUUAUAAUGUUUCUUUCUCUCAGACAUCUCUACUGAAAAAAAAUGGUUAUUCAUGGAACUAAACUUGGUUCUUCUAUGGCACUGCUCAAAGAACAAUUUGAAACACCUUAUUUUAAGAGCGUUUGCAUAGUACACCAUAGAGACUUCUUAAUAAAAAAUAUUUCUUGAUAAUAUCUGAAGUGUUAACACACUUUUAACCACAUAUAGUAAAGUCUGUUUACUUUCCAGUGUUUAUGUGUAAGAUACACAGUCUGUGUAAAGGGAAUAAGAGAACAGUAUUACUACAGUUUACUGCAGAUGGAUCUGUAUAGCUUCAGAAAAAAGUGGAUAAUGUGCAGUGAAAUUAAUCAGUGUAUUAUCUGCACAUAUUACACACAAUGUAAUAUAUGCAUGCAAUUCCUGCAUUAGUCCCAGCAAUAGAGUGCAUAAUUACUACAGCUAAAUGUAGAUCACACGUGCUCUACACCUCCCACACUUUGGCAGGUCCAUUGUGUUUCCAUAGUGAUACAAUCUGUUACCAUCACGUUCUAUAGAUGUUGUGAGCCUUAUGGAGAGCGCAUGGCAAGCCACUAGAGAAAGAGUAUGGAGAAUCUGUGUGGAUCUGAGAUGUAUGUAGCUUUAACAUUUGCUCUUUAUGACAUGAUGAAUAGUGAAAAGAUCAUUUACAUUUUGUGAAGGCUCUUUAAACUCACUGGAUUAAUUCAGCAGAAGGUUCAUCAGGGAUCCAAACAUAGUUCCAUAAGAUUUUCUGUUGCACCAAAGACUUCUUUGGCCCAUGUAUUUUUAAGAGGGUUGCCUCCCUCAAAUUCCACCCUGCGUUUAUCUGUAAAACUAAAUUAACUGGACCAAUGUCAUUCCCUAAAAUGACUUUUUUUCUCAGUGGAAGUGUUAAAACAAUAUUAUUUUAUCCUUCUUCUGUGAAGAUGUCAUUUAUACAUACAAGGUAUCUGUGUAAUUUAUUUUUAUACAAGAAAAAUAUUUUUGGAGCAAUAUCAGUUUUGUGUUUACUAUCACACUUUUGUUGAUUUAAAUACCAGAACAAACUAAUCUAAAUGUUAAAAAAUACCAAAACUUUAAGCUUUUUGGUAUUUGGUCACAAACCCUUUCAGCAAUCAUGUUGGAGCUGUACAAUUCUUAAUGCUUAAGUUUUGUCUUCAGUGGAUUUGAGCAAACAUUCCUAAUCUUUAGUGGAAAUCAAUGUAAAGAAAUAUUAUAAGUAAUUUUGUAAAUUUCCUAGCAGUCCAUUCAUUAAAUUUGGAUGCACUGUGAAGAAGAGAUGACAUUUAAAAUAAUUAUAAGUUGUGUAAAACCGUUAUGCUAUUCCUCACAUGGCAGUAUCUGGCUUAGGGCUGCAACUCAUUGAUAUCACCAGGCUCCUGAUAUCUCCCCCUGAGCAGCUCUGCCAAACCUUAACGGCUUUUUCUAUUUUGUCCAUUUAUGUUUUUAGAUUGUUGUCUUGCUGCAGUAGGACUUUCCUCCCAUAAGUUAGAAAAUGGAACGAAAGAUGUUUCUGUAGUGUUAAAAUAAAUAAGAGCGUUUGACCACUCUGUAUUGUAGAAUCAAAACAUUUUAAACAUAUACUGACAAGCUUAAAGUCAUGAGACAGGAACUACUGUCAGAUCCUAUGAUUUUUGUCAUGUCUGAUGGAAGCUUAGGGACACUGGCCUGUAGGAUAGGUGCCUCCUGCUUUGUUGAUGUGUUUUUUGCCAGAGAUGCUUGACUAUUUGCAUGGACAAUUCUAGCGAGAUGCUGCUAAAUAUCGGUAAUCAAGUUGAAUCUGGAAAAUAUAUGACUAAUACACCUCCACCAUAAAUACAAAAAUUAAUUUGCUGUUCUAUUUUUGCAAAAAAAACUAAACGUAGAUUUUAGAUCUGUUUAAAUUUCAGAAUUACAGUAUAUGACAAAAAAUUCAGAAUACACACGAAGCAAACCCUCAAACAUACAGCACUAGGCUUUAUGAUUUUCAUUUUUUUAUAUGCUGUAACACUGCAUAGAACAGGCCUUAAGACUACACGUAGGUGGAUGAGUGGGCAGAUGGGGGUACAGGGUCAUUAAUUCAUGAACCCUCUAAGCUACAGAGGCUGGACCUUAAGAAGAGCAUGGAGGUUGGUUGUUAUGGUAAUGGGUGAUAUUAGUGUAUUUUCCCAUCUCUAUACUCUACCAGCCUUUGCUGGUAGAAUUUCCAGCAAGAAUCACCAAAACCAAAUGAAAUACAUACUAUGCUAGUCAAGAGCUGGAUGCAUUGCUCUAAUGAUUUUUAUCAUAGGUUUAUAAGUUGUAUGACCAGAGGAGGAUGUUUCCCCUCUUAAUAUGUGAGCAUUGGUUCCUUUUAAGGUUUCUUCCUUCAGCACUGGGAGGAGUUCUUCCUUGCCACGGUCACAUGGUCAAUGUUUUACGUUUUGUCUGAUUUUCUGCUGCUAUCUGCUAAAUUUAUGUAAGGCUGGUUUGCAACAUCAUCAGCUGGAAAAGCACUAUAUAAAGGAUUUGUAUAUAGCUAUGUUUGCACCAGGGUGGCCUGAUCAGCCUUGUCACCACCUUGAUCAUUCAAAACCAGUGUAGACCAUCCAGAACCAGCUACAAUGCUGUGAAAAAGUAUACUAACAUUUUUCAGAUUAACAAGUCGAUUUUUAAAUCAGAGAAAUAUAUAAUAAGCAAAUCUAAAAAGCAGUUUUCAAAUGAUAAUUGAAUUAUUAAAGGAGAAAUCUAUUUAAACCAACCUGUCCCUAUGUGAAAAAAGCAUUUGAACCCUAAGCCUAAUAACUUGGUUGUGCCACCAUUGGCAUCAACAACUGCAAUCAAGCAUUUGUGGUAACUGGCAAUGAGUCUAACUCCUUGGCCCACUCUUCUUUGCAGAAUUAUAUUAAUUCAGCCACCUUGGAGUUUUUGCACAUGAACUGACUUUGAAUUUCAGAAUUAUACUUUUAUUUGUUAGUUUUAUGCCAAAAAAGUUCCACUUUUGCCUCAUCAGUCCACAGAAUAUUUUCCCAUUCCUGGGGAUCAUCAAAAUGUUUGUUAGCCAAUUUGAUACAGACCUUUGUGUUCUUUUUGGUCAGCCUUUUUAUUAUUGGAUCAUGAACACUAACCUUAACUGAGGCAAAAAAAAGACUGGCAGUUGUUUUGAUGAUGUCCUGGGUACUUUUGUGACGUCCUGGAUGAGCUAUCUAUGUCCUUUUGGAGUAAUUUUGCUAGUCCGGUCACUUCUGGGAAAGCUCACUAGUGUUCCAUUUUAUGUUCAAAAUGUGAAACGUAUACAUUAGAUGUAUAACACACAGAGUGAUCUAUUUUAAGCAUUUAUUUCUUCUGUUGUUGGUGAUUAUGGCUUACAGCUAAUGAAAACCCAGAAAUCAGUGUCUUGGGAAAUUUAAUUAUUAUAUAAGACCAUUUGGUACUUUUGAUAGUGGCAAUGUUUUCCCAGAAAAUCUUACAGCACUUCAUGCUUUUAUAGGAAAUGCGGAUUUCUUCCAGAAAUGAAAAUUUCCAGCAGGAAAAUUGGUACACUGCCCACACUGCCAAAAGUACCAAUUUGUCAUAUAUAAUAUUCAAAUUUUCUGAGAUACUGAUUUGUGGGUUUUCAUUGGCUGUUAUAUGAUUUUCUGUAGACUUUUCAGCAAGCCAAAGCCUCAAAAACACAUUAAUACAUAACACAAUCGUGACUUGUCAGCAAAUAUACUCGUUCUGUUUGGACACAAACUCCCACGCUAUUUGGCCAAAGCGAGUGAGAUUUUUGAGAGAAAAGGAGAAUUUUACUACACAGUUUGCUCUCUGAACUGAAAUUCGUUCUCACUACGAGUGAACCGCCUACUCUACUAGUUACUAGCGGGGUUUUUUUCAUUUGUGCUGCUUUUUCUUCUCUAACGGCAGCAGGUGGCUUUUCUUCUCGCCCGGAGAAUCCUUAACGUCCUCUUCCCACGCAAACCUCUCCUCACUCGCUUCUCCCCGGGCUUCGUAAACCGCGGACAGGCUGUUGUUGGAGAGAAGUCGCACAGGAAGACUGACUGCGGAGACUGGAGGCUACAAACUACCACAGAUAGAUAGCCUCGGUCCUCACAGACCAGCGCGCUGAGGGAAGACCGAGAGAGCGAGAGGGUCACUUUCAACAGGUGUCCCAUGAAACCUGCCUCCUGGACCAAGUCUUGGAGCUGAUUAUGAAUGAGAAGCCUCCGAACAGCAACAGCCUCUUCCUGAACGAGGACUCUGAGAAGCCCCAUCUCCCCGAGAAAGACCUUCACUGGCUGCGCAGAGCCAUGCACAAACGGGUAUCGGGAGCUCGGAACAAGAUGUGUUCCAUCACCCGAGAAAGCAUCAAAGGCUUUCUGCGCCGCAAUACAUUCGUGCUCUUCACCGUGGCAGCCGUUGCUGUUGGAAUCGUGUUGGGAUUUGCUCUACGUCCUCACAAUUUGUCCCCAAGGGAAAUAAAAUAUUUCUCAUUUCCUGGAGAGCUGCUGAUGAGGAUGCUACAGAUGCUGGUUUUGCCUCUCAUCGUGUCCAGUCUUGUUACAGGUAUUUCUUCUUUGGAUAGUAAAGCCUCUGGAAAAAUGGGGGUGCGAGCCAUCGUUUACUACAUGCUGACCACUUUUAUAGCUGUGUUCAUUGGCAUUGUCAUGGUGAUCAUUAUAAGGCCUGGAAAAGGGAACAGAGACAGCCCAGUGUCCUCUAGUGGCAGCAUUGAAUCAGUGCAAGCUGCUGAUGCGUUUCUGGAUCUCAUCAGAAAUAUGUUUCCACCUAACUUAGUGGAGGCCUGUUUUAAACAGUACAAAACUCUUUACAAGAAAACAGUUUCCACCAGAAACAUCACCGUUAUGGUUAAUGCAAGCGAAGGCAUUAAUGCUACAGAGAGCAACCUCGUGGGGAAUUUCAGCACCGUCCUACAGAUUGUCCAGGAGACAGUGGAGGAGACAGUUCCAGUGUCCGGCUCCUCUAAUGGGGUGAAUGCUCUGGGCCUGGUGGUGUUCUCCAUGUGCUUUGGCUUAGUGAUUGGGAAUAUGAAGCAGCAGGGCCAGGCUCUGCGGGAAUUCUUUGACUGCCUCAAUGAUGCCAUAAUGCGUUUAGUAGCUAUAAUUAUCUGGUACGCUCCAGUUGGAAUCCUGUUCUUGAUUGCUGGGAAGAUUGUUGAGAUGAAAGACCUGGCGCAGGUUGGAGGGCAGCUGGGCAUGUACACGGUGUGUGUCAUCAUUGGUCUGCUCAUCCAUGGUCUCUUUGUUCUGCCUCUGCUCUUCUUCCUUGUUACUCGGAGGAACCCUUUCACCUUCAUUGGUGGUCUGCUCCAGGCUUUGAUUACUGCCUUAGGAACAUCUUCCAGUUCAGCAACCCUUCCAAUUACCUUCCGUUGCUUGGAGGAAAACAACCACGUGGACAAGCGUGUGACACGCUUUGUGCUGCCAGUUGGAGCCACCAUCAACAUGGAUGGUACAGCUCUCUAUGAAGCUGUGGCGGCAAUUUUCAUAGCCCAGGUCAACCACAUGGACCUGAACUUUGGGCAGAUUCUUACUAUCAGUAUCACAGCAACUGCUGCCAGCAUCGGAGCAGCAGGCAUCCCUCAGGCCGGUCUGGUAACCAUGGUGAUUGUAUUGACAUCGGUGGGACUGCCCACCGAGGACAUAACGCUCAUCAUUGCUGUGGAUUGGUUCCUAGAUCGCCUCAGGACCACCACCAAUGUGCUGGGGGACUCGUUAGGUGCUGGCAUAGUGGAGCACCUGUCCCGGCAGGAACUGCAGUGCCAGGAUGCCGAGAUUGGAAACUCUGUGAUCGAGGAGAACGAAAAGCCCUACCAGCUCAUCUGUCAGGAGAAUGACUCGAGCAUCAAGCACCGCAACAGUGAAACCACAAUGUAAUUUACUGUACAUCACACACAAACAGAACCUGCAAGGGUUAAUGUUUAAACUACUGUUACUACUGUUACUUACAAUAUCUCUUGAAGAUAAUGUUCAAACACAGGAUAACAAGCCAUAGCCGUAUGUUUAGAAUAUAGAAAUGUCUGCCACAUUAUUGUUCAUCUUUAGGGUAUUUUCGAACGUCUGCUGCAUAACUCAUUUAUAUGUGACUGGGUCAUUAGACUAAUACUUCCCCACAACCCCCUAAAUGGACCAAUAAAAAUGCUCCAAAAUGGCAUUGAUCACCAUAUAAAGUUCUGAAAGUCUGAAGAUACACAAUUUUUCAUCUGACAAUGAUAUUCUCUUAAAUGACUAUACAAUUACAUUACAUUAUCACUUUUUAAAUAAUACUUCAGUCUUAACUGCUAAAAAAAAAGUUUUCUGUACCCUAUUCUGUAUUUCUCUUAUAUCAUUAAUGUAAUCUAUUUUCACUAAUGUGUUAGGUGUGUAGUUUCAUUUGAAGCAGUAAUUGACAUAUAAAGUUAACUUGUAAAGUAAAACAAAACAAGAUGUGAGUAAGAUAUAGUAUUAUCACUGUAACACAAAAAGCUUUAUAUCUAAAUUCUGUAUUUUUUUUUAUUGUGCAAAAUUUAAUGAUAAAUGGGCUAAUAGAAAGGCUUCGAAAUCACUUGAAUUGGAUAUUUUUACUUUAACUUACUUUUGAGUUUUUUUCUUCUCUUUUAAAGUUAAAUCGCAGAGAUACACAGUUUUUUCUGACAGCAAUUAUAUGUAUAUUCUAAAACUAAGCAAUUAUUUGAUUCAUUGUUAGUUGAACUAUCAUUCAAUUCAAAUUGUUGUUUGAUGCCUUAGGAUAGUUUCUUGAAGUUAUUUAAAAAAAAAAAAAGUCAGACAAAAAUGGAUAGCCAAGUAGUUUGUACAUUUCUUUGUCUUUUUCUUUUAAUACAGAUCUAAUAUUUGUGCAUUUUAAUUUAGUUAUUUAGUUUGGAGUUUUCCAAUCUUUCUUUAUUCCUUUGAAAACAAAAUAAGGAUCAGAACUGAAAAGGUUUACAUUUAGUUCCCACUUCAUAUUGAUUUAGAAAUGUUCUACACUGGCUUAUUUGUUGCUUAUUAGCAAUUAGCUUCCAAAAAGCCACAUUAUCAUUGAGUUAUAUACAUUGUAAAUAAAAAACAAUAACAAACUAGUGUUUUCUAGUGAACAGUACUUUUUGUUGUGAUGUUGCAAAAGAUGGUAUAACACAAACAUACAAAAAUAGUAAGAAUCUUACCUCAUCUGACAGCACAAGAUUGCCAAUUAUUGUCAGUUACAUAGUAACUGAUGUUUAAGUAUAUAAUUGUAUAUAAUGUGUUUGUUGAUGCGUAUUUUGGUGAUUUAUGUUGCGUUUAACUUAUUUUGAUGUUAACUGUAUGUAACUGUGUGAAGGAAAACAACAAUUAUUUUAAUUAAUUAUUGUAAAUGUGUUUUUUUGUAUGAUUUUUAAGUUGAAGUUUUAUCUGUAUAUAAUAUGCCUCAUUCAUAAUAACAACUACAAGUAAAGCCCAUUUUUGUAUACAUUACAGCAUAUAUAAAGAAAAUGUGAUCUGUCUAGAUAGAUAGAAUUAUUUAUUAUAUAAUCUAUAUUGUCUGUGAAUUUAGUAAAAUGUGAUUUUUUUUAAUGUUUUUUCUUUAUAUUGCCACUAUGCCUGGGUGUUUAUAUUAGGUUUUACUUUAAAAUAUUUUUUUCCUACUUUUUGUUUGUGUCAACAUUUAAAGCAGCAUUCCAUCACAUUAUGUUUGCAGCACGUGCAGUGUUUGUGUGUGCGUGAAAUUGUAUUUAUUCAGUUUAUUAAGUUACAUGUGUGCUGAUGGUUAUUAGAUAGAAUAUGCUGUGUUCAGAUUGUAUUUUGGAAGAAUGUGAAAGACAAUGACAAAUAAAUGCCUCAGGAAUUAAAA